GUGCAUGAGCAGAUUCUGCCAAGUUCUACCUGUAGUUGGCUUUAUUUUUCAAAACAGAUGUUUGGCUGCUUUAUCUCCACAAAAAAGGAGUCGUCAACCAGGACAACACUCUUCUCAGAGCCCCUGAUCGCCAGGACAGAGUUGAGAGUACACUGUUGAGACCCUGAGCCCUGGAGUUGUGUUUUUCAAGGAGGGUUCAAGCAAUGAACUCCUCACUGCUUCUGGCCUUUUUAUUCCUGACUCCAGUCUUAGUGGUCACUCUGAGACCCAGCAGUCAGUGUGCAACAUGUGGGUGGCCUGCAGUGGAUCUGGAGAGCCAUCGGGAGCUGCUUCUCAAUCUGGCCAAGAGAAGCAUCCUAGAUAAACUGCACCUCAGCCAGCGCCCAACACUGAGCCGGCCGGUAUCCAGAGCAGCUCUGAGGACUGCACUGCAGCACCUCCGUGGGCCUCCACAGGGGGACCUUCUGGAGGACAACAGGAGACAGGAAUAUGAGAUCAUCAGCUUUGCUGAGACAGGCUUCUCCAACAUCAACCAGACUCGUCUUGAUUUCCACUUUUCCUCGGAUGAAACUGCUGGUGGCAUGGAGAUCCAGCAGGCCAGCUUCAUGUUCUUUGUGCAGCUCCCUCCCAACAGUACCUGGGAUAUAAAUGUCAGAGUCUUUGCACCAAGCCCACAUAACACCAACCUUACUGUAGCUAGUCAGCACGCGCUGCAGGUAGAUGCUAGUGGCUGGCACCAGCUCAUCCUAGGGCCUGAAGCUCAGGCUGCCUGUAGCCACGGGCAUCUUACUCUGGAGCUGGUACCUGAAAGCCACGUAGCCCAGAGCUCAGUUAUCAUGAAUGACGCUGCCUAUAGACCUUUUGUGACAGCUCGAGUAAGAGUUGGGGGCAAGCACCGGGUUCGCCGACGAGGCAUCGACUGCCAGGCAGGAUCCAGGAUGUGCUGUCGACAAGAAUUCUUUGUAGACUUCCGUGAGAUUGGCUGGCAAGACUGGAUCAUCCAGCCUGAAGGUUACGCAAUGAACUUCUGCACAGGGCAGUGUCCGCUGCAUGUGGCAGGCAUGCCUGGCAUUGCUGCGUCCUUUCACACUGCAGUACUCAAUCUUCUCAAAGCCAACACAGCUGCUGGAACUGCAGGAGGGAACUCGUGCUGUGUGCCCACAGUGCAACAAGCCCUGUCUCUGCUCUACUAUGACAGGAACAGCAACAUUGUCAAGACUGACAUACCUGACAUGGUGGUAGAAGCCUGUGGGUGCAGUUAGUCUGUGUGUGACAAUUGUACCCCAAGGUAGGAUGGGCAAAUAUGCCAUCUCAGAGGUACCUUUUCUCAAGAGGAGGGAAUGACUCCAUUCCUGCCUUUGUCCAUACUGUGGACUGUCUCUUCCCAAGCAACCUCCAAAAUGAGGUUAAACUCCAAAACUCUACAUUAAUAAGAGUCAUGAUGCUGUCUUCAUGAUCACCAAUCUCUGUCCUAAGGCAUAAUCUAUCCACCAUACCCUUCGUACUCAAACUCACUUCAGGGACUGAUCCACCUUAACUAUGGACAACACCAUCUGGUUCCCAAGCAAUGGCAUGCUUAACUCACCCUUAAUCAUCCCCAAUAUCUACUAUGUCUCCCUCCCCUUGCCACUUGAUGGCCUCCACUGCAGGAUAAGUUGAUUUCAUCCCUUCCUCUGAUCUUUCUGACCCACCAGAGAAUCUCUUUCCUCGGAUUCACCAAACAUUAAAACUGUUCUCCAAAGCAA